AUGACUACUGAAAUCCCUAUUGCGUCUUCUCAGUCAGAGGUUCAGACCCACAGCUCACGACCUAUGGGCAGUAUCGACAUCGGCCUCAUAGUAGGCACAAUCGCUUUGUUCCUCAUUAUCAUAACAUCCAUCUUUAUCGCCCGAGGCCUUAGCGGACGUCGUCAAGCCAGGGGCGUACUGCGCAGAGCCGUAGACGGCAACGUAGCGAAUCAAGAUGAACAUCAUACAGCUCAAGAGGCGAGAAUCGCCGGGCUUACGCAGCCAGAACCUGCUCAACUGCGCCAAGAAAGCUUCUGGGAGCGUAGCACGCAGGUCCUGAAAGACCACAUAGAGCGGUUCAAGUGA